UCAUAUAUAUAUAUUUUAUAUAUCAUAUUAAAAAUAACUAAUAUAAAAUAUCUUUUUUAAUUAAAAUCCAGCAUUUCAAAACAUAUGAAAAUUUAAAUUUUGUUUAUUUAAUUUUAGAAAAAUAAAAUAAUAUUUGAUUAGAUAAAUUUCAUACAAAAAUAUCUAUUAUUCUUUAUACAAAAAUAAAAGUCCCAAUAUUUUUUAGAAAAACGCUGAAUGAUUAUCAAUUUGAUAAAAUUUAUGAACCAACAUCCUUUAAGCUUUUUUAAAAAAUUCAAAUAUUACGCAUGCCCAAUUGAACGUAUAUAAGAAAGUGACAUGGCGGUUCUCCAAUCUUCUAUUCCCGCGAUUAAAUUCGAAUACAGACCAAAUGAAGGAGAACAAGAUGACGUCGUCAACGAUAACUCGUAAUACCAGUCACAUAGUCAGAGAAUCGGUCAGGGUGGGGCUCGUAGAAUCGUACUUGUGCGUAACCCGUUCGUUCGGUUCAUUCCUCCAGUGAGAAACAGUACGUCGAACAUUGGUGAUCGUGCAUGGUGGCGCGUAUGUAUCCACGCGUAUUCCUCUAUGAAAGAGGUUGUCGCUUUCAGUGUAUUUCCUUGUUGAAAAUAUGAAAUGAUCAGUGAAUAAUUAAAAAUCGGUGUAUGUGUAAUAAAUAAAGAUAACGAAGAUGAUACAUGUCUCAAGAAUAGUCAAUGCAAUCAUAGUUAUCCUUGCUCUCAAUCGAGGUUCAAUAGCUCAAUUGAGCAUAGAUGAAACGGAAAAGGCUACAGAGCUUCUUAUAAAUGAAGGUGAUAGUUUGGAGAUCACAUGCACCGGUUUCGAAAGUAUUUUUUUUGUCUAUCCUGAAGAUGAACCCAAUAUCAUCACCUCGACGCCUUUUAAAGAAGAAAAUCUCGAAGAUGACAUAUAUAAAUUCGUGUUUAAACGAAACGAAACUGUUCAUGGGGAUACGGGAUUGUAUGGUUGCCCCGGUAAUAUUUUGCAAGUUACCUCACAUCCUAAUUUUCAAACAUCUGAAAGCUUGGUAUUUGUUUAUGUUCAAUCGAAUAGAAGCAUGUUUGUGCAAACAGAUAAUUUUCGUUCAUUAACUGUAGUAGUCGGUGAAACUGCUUUAAUACCUUGUAGACCAACAUCGCCCAAUUUCACAGUUGAACUCUUGCUUGGUGAUUUGGCUGUGAAUAAAACAAAUUUCCAUCCAAGGAUUGGUUUCACUUUGACAAACAUCACGCUGAAAGAUGGUGGUUAUUAUACAUGUGUCAUACAAGCAGAUGUACGCCACGAAAUAAAUUAUUAUUUACUUGUGAUUCGGAAGCAUGAAUUGAACGAACCAAAAAUUGCGGAGGAUAAUUUACGUCAUGUAACAAGAGGUCAAAUUCUACGUGUAAAUUGCUCAACAAUCGUUGAAACAGAUAUGAAUUAUGUUUUAAAUUGGAGUACACCCCAUAUGAAUACUAGAAUAAGGACUGUUGAUUACAGUGAAAAAACAGGUCCAAUUAAAAAAGCGAUUGUCGAAAUGAUUAUAGAGGAUGUAAGAUACGAAGAUGAAGGCUUCUACGAAUGUGUUAUAAAAUCAUUUCAUGAUUCUAGAAAAACAAAAGUCUUCAUUAAGGUUCAUGAUCCGGAAAACAAAUUUAUCAAUCUAACAGCACAAGAUGCUAUCAGACAUUAUCAACGUCAUGAAGGUGGUGAAAUACAAUGGGUUGUACAUGUGCAUGCUUAUCCAGAACCUAUUCUUAAAUGGCUAAAUACAAAAGGGGAAGAAAUCACAGGUAAUUGGGAAACUCCAAAAAAAACGAAAUAUGCGAUAAAAACAGAAUCUACUAAUACAAUUUUAAGAAUAAACCAUUUAAAUAUCGAGGACAUGGGAGAAUAUUCUCUUCAAGCUACAAAUCAAGAUAAAUUCGAUAUGUUGAAUUUUACGUUAGAUGUAUUAGUAAAACCAGUACCAAUGUUGAAAGUAGAGCCUUAUUAUAGCCCUAACCAGACGGUGGAAAUAUCUUGUGAUGUGGCAACAUUUCCAUCACCGAAUAUAACGUGGAGUUUUAUUAAGUACCCUUAUUAUCCUUCUUAUGAAAAUGCGACCAUGAUAGAAUUAACAAACACAAAAGAAAGUGGAAUGAACACCAGAUUUCAUUCGAUCGUAAAGAUGACUAUUGAAAUGAGUGGUCAUCUUACCUGUAGCGCAUGCAACAUUAUUGGAUGCGAAUCUCAAACUGAAACCAUUUUUGUUUCUGAUGGAAAAGGUGGUUUCGGUAUAAUCGAGCUAAAAGAUUCAGUAGUCGAAGGCGAUGAUUUAGAACUAAUUUGUGCUGCCUCCAUUUAUAAUUACACGAGCAAUUUCGAAUGGAAAUACGCAAACGGUACUUUUAUUGUACAAAAUGGUAGAUUAACGAUUGAACAAACUAAGACUCGAUUUACUUAUCGUUCGAUCUUAAAAAUAAAAAAUGUAACUAAAGCAGAUUCGAUGAUUUAUACAUGUAGCAAUAAAGAAGAAAUGGAUUUCUUUCUUCAAGUUCACGGGGCAGUGAAACCUUUUAUGAAGGAAACCAAUCUAAACGGAACGGAAAUUACGAUUGAUAUUAAUACACAUGAUUCACAUAAUUCAUUAAUACUAAAGUGUUUUGUAGGUGGAAUGCCUAAACCAAUAGUCACAUGGUAUAAAAAUGAUGAACUAAUAAAAAUUGGUGAUCAAUUCACAUAUAGCCAUAGUCAACAAGAAUUGCAUAUUAAUUAUUUAAGGGAUAUUGACAGUGGAGUAUACUUAUGUAAAGGCGAGAAUCGUUUAGGAGUAAUCAAAGCACACGGAAAUAUAAUAGUCAAAGGAAAAGAGGUUCCGAAGGAAUUAAUAAUAUUGAUUGUCAUCUUAUCAAUCACAGUAAUAAUUCUGGUGGUCUAUUUUACAAUCAAGAUUCGCCGUGAAAAGAUCAUGAGAAAAGAAUUAAUGGAAGCAGGAUUGAUGCAUUUUGAAGAAGGAGCAGUGGAAUGUUUGAAUCCAGAAUUAACAGUGGAUGAUCAAGCAGAAUUACUUCCUUACGAUAAGAAAUGGGAAUUUCCAAGAGAAAAAUUAAAGUUAGGGAAACAAUUAGGAAGUGGAGCUUUUGGAGUUGUCAUGAAAGCGGAAGCAGAAGGAAUUUGCGAAAAUGAACCAGUUACCACAGUAGCAGUAAAAAUGGUUCGUCGAACAACAGUUCCGACUUGUGUUCGUGCACUUGCUAGUGAGCUGAAAAUUAUGGUACACCUUGGUAAACACUUGAAUGUAGUCAAUCUUCUUGGUGCUUGUACGAAAAAUAUUUCCAAACGUGAAUUAUUAGUAAUCGUAGAAUAUUGCCGAUUUGGAAAUUUACACAAUUAUUUAUUACGACAUAGGACUGAUUUUAUCAACCAAAUAGAUCCAACAACCGGUAAAUUCGAUCCCAGUAUCGGUCAAGAUGUUUUAACCAGAUCCGUUAGUGUUAGCAGUAAUAAUAGGAUAAAAUACGUGGCAUUGUCAUUUUCUCGCAGUCUUAGUGAUAAUUCUGCCAUCGAAUCGACGAAUUAUCAAACUUCUGCAAUGGAUUCUCAAGGAAUUAGCAUGUCACCGGAUGGAGGUAUUCAAAGUAAUAAUUCAUCCCAAGGAUGGAGAUUUAAUUAUCGGGGUGAUUAUAAGGAUCAUAAUUUGAAACCGAUUUGUACGCAAGAUUUAUUAUCUUGGGCUUUUCAAGUAGCGCGUGGAAUGGAAUAUCUUAGUCAAAGAAAGGUAUUACAUGGUGAUUUAGCUGCGAGAAAUAUUUUAUUGGCCGAAAAUAAUGUUGUAAAAAUCUGUGAUUUUGGUUUAGCAAAAACCAUGUACAAAGAUAAUAAUUAUAAAAAGAAAGGAGGUGGUCUAUUACCUAUAAAAUGGAUGGCUAUCGAGUCGAUUAGAGAUCGAAUUUUUUCAACACAAUCAGAUAUUUGGUCAUUUGGUAUAGUUUUAUGGGAAUUCUUUACAUUAGCUGAAACACCUUACCCAGGAAUGGAAGCUGAAAAACAAUACCAGAAACUAAUUGAGGGAUAUAGAUUGGAACAACCGGAAUAUGCUACUUCCGAAAUAUAUAACAUAAUGUAUCAAUGUUGGAUGGCUAAACCUAGUUUGCGUCCGAGUUUCACGCAAUUAGUUAAGAAUAUUGGUGAUCUAUUAGAAGAAAGCGUAAAAACGCAUUAUAUCAGUUUAAAUGAUCCCUACAUGGAUAUGAACACAACAAUGUUAGAAGGUGGGCGAAAUGAUUAUUUAACAAUGCUUUCUUCGCCUGAUCAUACAACACUUUCCUCGCCCACUCAUGAUUAUUCAAAUUUGCCUCCUUCAAAUUUAACCGAUUCAACGUACCUAUGUAUGAGUCCUAAUAGUCAGGGAUAUCAAUCAGAAAUAUUCAGCCCUAGACCAAAUCAAGAAAGUACUUGUUUUGAAUUUCCAUCGCCUACUUCUGAUUCAGAGGACGCAGUAGAAAUAUCACCAAUGUUAAAAAAACAAGAGGAAGAAGAUCCUUAUUUAAAACCUAUCAAUGUACAUGCACGACGAGCAGAAUUCGUUCGACAGCGAGAGGCAAUGAAAAAUCAAACAAUAGAUCGACCAAUCAAUAGGGAUUUUGGAUAUUGCAAUACUCCACAAAAUGGUCAAUUAAUAAAUCUGAAUGAAAAGAAUAAAAAUGAUUCAAAAAAUUCUGAUGACAAUGAAAAAUUAAAUAAUGGAAAUACAAUAUCAGAGAAAGAUUUUAUACCCACUAUCAUUAGGACACAAGAUAAUUACGUAAACAUGCCUAAACAGAAGAGUGAUUUAAGGUUAGAAAUGCCAGCUAGUUUUAGCAAUCCUAGUUAUGUGGUGAUGGUUAAUCGUGAAACAGAUCAGAUGAAAGUUUAAGUAUGAACUAUGCAUGAACAAAAAUUGUUACAAUUAUUCUAAAAUAAUGAUUAACAAAUGGAAAAUAUCUAUUUCAGGGGUUUCAUGGAAUGACAUAUAGGUAUGGAUGGAAAAUGGAAAAAAAUGAAUACUAGAAAAAGUGUUAUUAUCAAUUUAUAGAUUCAGUUUUUGUGUGAGCAUGUGUGUUUUUGAGUGAUAAAUACGAAAAACUAAUUAUAUAAAUAAGUUUCAAAUAUUACAUGUUGCUUUCGUGCAUCUUGUUUGAUCUUUGAUGUGCCAUGACGACAAUUAUUUAAAAUGAUUUAAAUAAAAUGAAAUCAUUCAUGAUUAAUUUUCUUAAUGAGCUUGGAUAUUCAGAAAGUUUGAUAUAUAUAUAUAGUAUAUAAUGUCGCGUAAUUAUUAUAAAUGAAUAUCAGAAAUAAAAUAUAUUCAUUAAGUUAUAAAACGAUAUUUGAAAAAUAUAAAAUAAAAUAACGGAAGAUAAAAUAUUUUGAAAUAAAAUAAUUAUUUUUGUUUUUUCAUAUUUAAAAACUUAAUAUAAUUAUUUGAUAUAAAAAAAUCAAAAAGUAAAAUAAAAUUUCAUUUGACAUUAAAUUAAUAUUAAUACAAGUUAUAAAAUAAAUGAAAAUGGAAAAAUAAAUCAAUAUUUUUAUAAAAUAAUUUUUUUGAAACAUUUUUUGAUAUAUUUUUAGGCGAUUAAUAUUUCGCAUAUGAAUCAAAUUGUUUCAAAAAAAUUAUAAUAAAAAAAUAUAUUUUCAAUAUAUACGUGUAUAUUUAUAUUUAUAAGUUAUCGUUUUUUUAUACAUAAUUAAAAUUUUUACUAUAAUUUAAAAUAUUAUAAAUAAAUAUAAAUAAAAAUUAUAAAUAUUAUAAUAGCAUAUAUUAUAAAUAACAUAAAUCAAAUUAAAUAUUUAAUGAAGUGUCUUGAUAUUAUGAUAUCAUAUAACUAAGAAAAUUUAUGAACUGAUUAAAUAUAUAAAAACGUACAAAUAUAUAAUGACAAUACAUAUAUAUAUAUAUAACGGCGAUAGUAAAAUAGAAUGUGACAAUGAAUUUUAAUUGGAAUAUUUUCAAUUAUGUACUUAUUUAUUAAUCGUAAAAAGAGAUUUUAUUAUUAUAAUAAUUAUUUUUAAAAAAUUUAUGCAAAAAUAUUUAAUAUUCAAUUAUAUAUAUGGAUUUAUCAUCAGUACUUAAUACUCAAUUCAUUGUAAGCUUGAUUGCAAAAUUUCAUUCGAAUUUCGGAAAAAUUUUGUAUCUACUACAACCAAAGAGAGAGAGAGAGAGAGAGAGAGAGAGAGAGAGAGAGAGAGAGAGAGAGAGAGAAAUGUUUAAUUUUAAUGUAAGCUAUUUUUAUUUGGAUGAAAAAACAAAUUAAUAUAGAACGUAUGUGUAUGUUGAAUUAAUUUAAAUUGUCUAAUCAUAGUUUAUAUUUAGAAUUUAAAAAACUUGUAUAAUAAAGUUUUUAUCUUUACAACA